UUUGCGGUAUUAAAUGUUGUAGUGGGCGAUGGGCCGUCGACUUUCGAUUCCAUGGCUUCGUCUUCCUCUUCUCUUCUCGGACCCUCCGUCCAUCUCCUCCUCCUCCUCCUCUCCUCUGGCUUGGGGGGCUUUUUGAUAUCCGGUCUCGAGCUGCUCGAAUCGGCUCGAUCGCCGGAGUUCUUCGACUGGCUGACGACCCUCCGCCGGCGGGUCCACCAGCACCCGGAGCUCGCCUUCGAGGAGUUCCAGACGAGCGAGCUAAUCAGGUCGGAGCUCGACGCUCUUGGAAUCCGCUACACUUGGCCGGUCGCCAAGACAGGGGUCGUUGCCUCCGUCGGCUCCGGCGCUGGUCCCGUUUUCGCCCUUCGGGCUGACAUGGAUGCGCUCCCGUUGCAGGAGCUUGUGAACUGGGAGUACAAGAGCAAAGAAAGUGGGAAAAUGCAUGCUUGUGGUCAUGAUGCUCAUGUAACCAUGCUCCUUGGUGCAGCCAAGCUGCUUCAAAAUAGUAAAAGUGAACUGAAGGGAACAGUUAAACUUGUUUUCCAACCAGGGGAAGAGGGUCAUGCUGGUGCAUACCAUAUGUUGCAAGAGGGUAAACUGGAUGACAUAGAGGCAAUCUUUGCUUUGCAUAUCAACCCUGCACUCGCUACUGGCCGAAUUGCCUCCAGAGCCGGCCCUAUUCUAGCUGCAUCAGGCCGAUUUGAAGCAAUAAUUAAAGGAAAAGGUGGCCAUGCUGCAGCUUCACAUGCAGCAAUUGAUCCGCUAAUUCCUGCAUCAUUUGCAAUCCUCAGCCUUCAGCAGCUUGUGUCGCGAGAGACAGACCCUCUCGAUAGCAGAGUGGUAUCGGUAGGAUUCAUAAAAGCUGGAGAUGCUUACAAUGUCAUUCCAGAGACAGUGGCUUUUGGUGGCACAUUUCGGAGCACAACCACUGAAGGUCUGAUUGAACUAUCAACGAGGAUCAAGGAGACUAUCGAGAGACAGGCUGCGGUUCACCGCUGCACUGCCUUAGUGGACUUUUUGGAGCAGAAGCUCAUACCAUAUCCUGCGACCGUGAAUGAUGAAGGGAUCUAUGCUCAUGCUAAGACAGUGGGGGAGAAAUUGGUCGGUUAUGCCAAUGUCCUUGAGAGCCCGUUUGUCAUGGGGGCCGAGGACUUCAGCUUCUUUUCACAGAGGAUGCCGAGUGCCUUGUUUUGGCUCGGAGUUGGAAAUGAAAGCUUAGGGCCACCCCAGCCAUUGCAUUCUCCCUACUUAUUCCUCGAUGAGCAGGCACUUCCUUUGGGAGCCGCGCUCCAUGCCGCGGUUGCAUUGUCCUAUUUGGAACAACAUUCAGCAAAAUUGUGAGGGGGGUUCUCUGUCCCUUCGAGUUUCAGUUGUUAGUGUACUUAAUCAUGGGGUUUAUUUAUAAAUAAGCUUAUUUCUCUAGGGCAGCAAAUGGAAAGAUGUUUAUAAAUUAUAAAUAAGUUUGAUACUUGCCGUACCUUGAUAA